AUCAUGUCAAACACUUAAAAGCCUUUUUGUGUAGUAUCAAAUAUGAAGAAAAGCUAUUCUAUUUGUUUUGUUCUUUUGUUAGCAAUUUCAUGUGCAUCAUCUUCUGCAUUGUUAAAAGAUGAAAAUCCUACGAAAAAUUUCGUCAAGUGCCUUAACCGUUACUCUGCUGACAUUUCUGACCUUGUGUACACCCAGGAAAGCUCCAAUUUCACUCAAACCUUGCUCUCUACCAUCAAUAACCUGCGUUUUGCGAAGCCUGAGACGCCGAAGCCACUAGUCAUUGUGAGACCAGUGAGCGAAUCGCAGAUCCAGACCGUGAUUUUUUGCUCUAGGAAACAUGAUUUGCAGAUGAGGAUUCGGAGUGGUGGUCAUAGUUUCGAGGGACUUUCGUAUGUCUCCCCCCUCCCUUUCGUCAUACUUGAUAUUAUCAAUCUCAAGACAUUCAGUUUUGAUGCUGAGACUGAAACGGCUUGGAUCGGUUCGGGUUUGACAAACGGUGAACUGUACUAUAGGAUUGGACAGAAAUCGGAUACACUUGGAUUUCCAUCUGGUUUAUGGGCGAAUGUCGGUGUGGGAGGGAUUCUAAGUGGAGGUGGUUACGGCAUGUUGAUGCGAAAAUACGGACUUGCUGCUGAUCACGUCAUCGAUGCUCGUUUAAUUGAUGCCAACGGCAGAAUCCUGGACAGGAAAUCAAUGGGCGAAGAUUGGUUCUGGGCUAUUAGAGGAGGCGGUGGUGGCAGCUUCGGAGUGGUUCUUUCCUGGAAAGUAAAACUAGUCCCGGUUCCUAAAAUAAUAACCGUUUUUAAAGUAUUCAGAACCAUAGAGCAAAAUCUGACAAACACUUUUUUUCGAUACCAAGCUGUUGCACCCAAGUUCCCGAAAGAACUGGAAAUCAAGGCCGAUGGACAGUGUAUCCUCAGCGAUGCCAGCCCUCGGGCAGACAAGAAGACCAUGAUCUUCCUCUUCGAGGCCAUGUACCUAGGCGGAGCUGAUCAGCUGCUCUCUGUAAUGCAGGAGCAGCUCCCGGAGCUCGGUGUCAUAAGAGAAGAUUGUUUUGAAGUAAACUUUCUCCAGGCUGGGGUGUACUUCUCAGGCUUUCCUUUGUUCACGCCUCCUGAAAUCUUGCUCAACUUGACAAUUCUACCGCGGCCUGCGUUCAAAUCGAACAAUGACUACACUAAAGAGCCAAUUCCUGUAGAAGGGCUAGAAGGUAUAUGGGAUCUCAUGUACAAACUCCCCCCACAAAAAGCAACUUUACAGUUUACACCUUAUGGGGGAAGAAUGGAUGAGAUUUCGGAAUCUGCACUUCCGUUUCCUUAUAGAGCUGGAACCUGGUUCAAGUUCAACAUGUUUGCGGAAACUGAUACAGAUGAAGCUGACCGCAUAGAGUGGAUCAGAAGCAUAACAACUUAUUUGACUCCUUAUGUGACAAGCAAUCCACGAAGUUCAUAUGUCAAUUAUGUGAACUUGUGGUUAGGAACCAACAAUCUACAAGGCCCGACGAGUUACCAGCAAGCGAGUAAAUGGGGAAAACGCUACUUCAGGAACAAUUUUGACAGGUUGGUUAGGAUCAAAACUAUGGUGGAUCCUGGUAACUUCUUCAGACACGAACAGAGUAUACCUCCUCUCUCUCUUUGAAACAUAACCCACUCGUUAUGGAGGGAAUUAUAAUUUCUUGUAUAUUGGAUACUGUAAAAAGAUUGACUUAAUUACCCGCUCGUUUGAGAGAAAUAUCUGUACCUCGUUAUCAGCAACUCUAAUAUUCAAUAAAAUUUGCAUUUUCAAUAUUCGAUCUAGGAAUACCUGGUUAUCAAC